AUGGCUCCCAAGUUGCCAGCACUGUCAGCACCCAUAUCCAAAGACGGCAGCAGCAGUCCCGAGCUUGGAAGUCCCUCCAAAAUGACCCAAUAUAAUAAAAAGACAGGCCGCCCAAUACGUCGGAGCGCCGGGAAGGUGAAAAAGGUGGCUGGCUACGUCGACUCUGCCACGCUCGAACAGCAGCUCGAAGAAUUUGAGGCGGCUGAAUUCUCCCCAUUGACCUCUGGUGAGAGUGAAGACGAGGACGAGAUGAACCAUCGCGGCCGUGCGGAUAAGUCAAGACGUAAGCGAAAGCGGAGCCCUUCGCCACCCUCUCCACGCCUUGAUCCCAUCAUCUACGACCAGGAGCUAGACGAACUGACAGACAGUGAGUCGAAUGGAGUGUUCCGCCACCAAACGCCUAAGAAGCCGCCUGUCACUCUGCAGUUCAACGUCCCGUUAGGUUUCCAUGGACCACUCUUCGUCAAGCUGGAUAGUUCUAUGCUACAGGUCAACGAGGAAGGAGCACGACAAGACAUGCGAAAAGGGCGGGCAAAGAAAGCCCGCAUGACGACUCCAAUACCUGACCGGACGACGACUCAAAGACGCCGCACAGGCUUUACCGACCUACCACCUGAAUUGCGAAACACGGUCUAUCGACAUGUCUUUGUGCGCAAGAACCAGGACUUCAAGGUCUAUCGGCGAGACAGAGAAUCUGCAGGGACUCCACCAAGCAUGUGUCAAUCGGCCCAGUUCUUGAGGACGUGUAAGACGGUGCACAACGAAGGUUGUUCCAUACUCUAUGGCGAGAACACGUUCGUCUUCGACAGGUCUCAAGGCACCCGUGGGCCGUUCUACAUCUCCGAGCCCAAGGAGAUUGGCUAUCAAGAUGCACUCCAGUUUCUGAAGAUGAUGGGUGCGGAGAAUCUGCAGUAUCUGCGUGACCUCAAAAUCUGCUUCGACGAUGCUGCUCCGAAGGAUACUACGUACGUCAGCUCCAACGAGGAUCGUCGCUUCCUCAACGACGAUGUGCUGAUCAACUGCCUACGCCUCCUACGCAAGGCAAAACUACGCACACUUGCCUUGUGUUUCAUCGGUCGUCGUACGCUCUGGGCAUCGGACACCAAAUUCCUGGGUUACCUCGAGCAGGUGAAGGUUGACGCGUUGAUCAAAUGGUCUCCAGGGAGGUACUUUGUGCAAGAGAGGAUCGGUGAGCAUAUCUGGCGUACCUUGAAGGAGCAGAUGGUCCGCCCGGAAAGCCUGUACGAUACGAAAUAA